AUGCCUUCAAACUUGCAUGCGCCGGCGCCGUCCCUGGUACCGACAUUGCCGUGGGGCCUGUGUUUCUUCGUCCAUAUCAGCGCCUUGGUCGCCCUUGCGAGCGUGGAGCAUGGCUGUCGCCUAUACGUCAAGCACGACUCGAACAAGGAUCUUGAUGAGAAGAAGGAAAAAUUCUUCAAGCCGCACGGCCUCUUUGCUUUGGUCAUGGCCUACCAGACCGAGCCCGACGGGAUCGUGCAGGAGGAAGUCGACAUUGAACACACGUCUUGA